AUGGCUUCUAUACCCCAAAUGCCUUAUCGACGACCCUCUCGGCAGGGUUCUAGGCAGGCAUCGAUAGAUACGCGGGAUGAGAUACAGGUCCGCGUAGACCACUAUAUUGGAAUUGAUGUUGGGACUGGCAGUGCCCGCGCUUGUAUAAUCGAUAGCAAAGGCGAUAUUGUCGGCCUAGCCUCCGAGAACAUCGGUCUUUGGCAACCUCAACAAGGAUAUUAUGAACAAUCUACGAAUGAUAUCUGGCGAUGCAUCUGUGUAGCUGUUCAGCGCGCAAUCAGUCAGCACAACAUUGACCCAGAGACCGUGAGGGGCAUUGGGUUCGAUGCGACAUGCUCAUUGUCGGUUUUUUCUAAUGUGACGAACGAACCGAUCUCCGUGACGGGUCCCAACUUCAACUCGGACCGCAAUGUGAUCCUCUGGCUCGAUCAUCGCCCAGUGGAGGAAACCGAAAGAAUCAAUGCCACAAACCACAAUUUGCUCCGCUAUGUGGGCGGAAAGAUGUCCAUCGAGAUGGAGAUCCCCAAAGUCCUGUGGCUGAAAAACCAUAUGCCAAAAGAGCUCUUUGACCAGUGCAAAUUCUUUGACCUGGCUGAUGCCCUAACUUACAUUGCCACCGGCGCCGAGCAGAGAAGCUUCUGUAGUGUAGUCUGCAAGCAGGGAUAUGUUCCUGUAGGAGUGGACGGGAGCGUAAAAGGUUGGCAGGAAGACUUUUUGAAGCAAAUUGGUCUGGAGGACCUGUCAAAGGAUGAUUUUAAGCGAAUGGGCGGUGUCGACGGGAAUGGCAAUUAUCUUAGCGCUGGUGAACUGGUUGGCACAUUGUGUGACAAAGCUGCCUCAGAGCUGGGUCUGCCCCCGGGGAUUGCAAUCGGCAGCGGCGUCAUCGAUGCCUAUGCAGGUUGGAUUGGCACCGUCGGCGCUAAGGUUGAUCUCGAGUCGGAACAGCUGAGCUCUGACAUCGCCAAGAACGAUAAAGCGCAGGCAUUCUCUCGCUUGGCCGCCGUCGCUGGAACAUCGACCUGCCAUCUUGCGAUGUCCCCAGAUCCAGUUUUUGUUCCUGGCGUCUGGGGGCCUUACCGCGAUACUAUUCAGCCCGGGUAUUGGAUGGCUGAGGGCGGCCAGUCCGCAACCGGGGAGCUGCUCAAGCAUGUUAUCGAGACCCACCCCGCGUUCAAUCAGGCACUCUCGAUCGCUGAGUCGUACAACGCCAAUAUAUAUGAAUAUCUGAACGAGCAUCUUCGAGAAAUGGUUCAUGACCAGAAGGCUCCUAGUAUCUCUUAUCUAGGCCGACACAUUUUCUUCUACGGCGAUCUUUGGGGCAACCGUUCCCCCAUUGCAGACUCUGCAAUGACAGGUUCUCUGAUUGGGAUGACGAGUGACAAGUCGGUGGAUGGCCUCGCCAUUCAUUACUAUGCCACGCUCGAAUUUAUCGCGCUACAAACCAGGCAAAUCGUGGAGACAAUGAACAAAGCAGGCCAUAGCCUCACCUCCAUUUUCAUGUCGGGCUCUCAGUGCCAGAAUGAUAUCUUGGUCAAACUGAUAGCAUCUGCCUGUGACAUGCCUGUGCUUAUACCUCGUUAUAUUCAUGCUGCUGUUUGCCAUGGUGCAGCCAUGCUGGGUGCAAAAGCCGCUAGUGCUGACGCAGAAGGCAAGACAGAAGAUCUAUGGUCUAUCAUGGACCGCAUGAGCAAACCAGGAAAGAAAGUCGUCCCAACGACGGAUAAGACGGAGAAGGCCUUGCUUGACGCCAAAUACAAGGUCUUCUUGGAGCAAUGUUACAAGCAGCAGGAGUACCGAGCCCUCGUAGACCAAGCCGUGGCCUCUUGGAAGUCCUAA